CUUCAGUUUAUGUUCAUUUUGUUAUUCUCUCUUCAGUUUAUGUUCGUUAUCUUCUGAAUAAUCGGAAGUAUAGAUUUUAUGAGGGAAAGAUGAAGUCUUUGAGGGAAAGAUCUAUAUUUUCCGAUGAUCCAUGUUCGUUUAGAUCUGUCUUUCCCGAUGAUUCGUUUUCUUUGGGAUCUAUCUUUCCCGAUGAUUCAUGUUCUUUUAGUUUAUGUUCAUGUUGUUAUACUCUCUUUAGUUCAUGUUCGUUAUCUUUUGAAUAAUCGGAAAUAUAGAGUUUAUGAGGGAAAGAUGAAGUCUUUGAGAGAAAGAUCUAUCUUUUCGGAUGAGUCAUGUUCUUUGAGAUCUAUCUUUUCUAAUUAUUCGUGUUCUUUGAGAUCUAUCUUUCCCGAUGAUUCAUGUUCUUUUUGUGUAUUUCCAUUUUCUUAUACAGAGUUCAUGUUCGUUAUCUUUUGAAUAAUCGGAGAUAUAGAGUUUAUGAGGGAAAGAUCUAUCUUUCCCGAUGAUUUAUGUUAAUUCUCAAGGUCGUCUGGGUUGAGGCUACGCUUCUUCCGACUAAUCCAAGGGUAUUUUGGUCGUUUUUGGGAAGAUGAACUCUCCUCCCUUUACACCUGGCUCCUCAACCUUUUUGUUUUUAUUUUUUGGUUGUGUAUUUUUAAAAACAAUAUAUAUGUAUAUAUAAUCUAAAUGUGACGUGACCGGAUGGCCCAAUAGCGUGAAAACGGGCUAACAAUUGGCCCAGUAAUUUGUAAAUUCCCCUAAACCCUAAACCCUUGGCCCGUUCCUUAGAUUAUAUAAAGAGAGUCUGAGAUUAUUGUAGAGUCUGAGAUUAUUGUAGAGUGAGAGUGAGAGAUUGUAGAGAGAGAGAGAGAGAGAGAGAGAGAGGGAGAGACUUGCAAUGAGUGAGGCUGAGAUCCGUGAGGGAGAACUCCCCGCUGAGGCUGAGAUCCCUGAGGAGGAACUCCCGGCUGAGGCUGAGAUCCCUGAGGGAGAACUCCCGGCUGAGGCUGAGAUCCCUGAGGGAGAACUCCCGGCUGAGACUGAGAUCCCUGAGGGAGAACUGCCGGCUGAGACGCUUCGCACAACUCUGAGGGAACAGGGACCUGAUGAGGCUAAAGCUGAGAGGUCGUCUGGAUCAGAGAAUCGACCUUCAAGGUUAGCUCCUUUGGAUUUUGGACAAGAAUUCUUCAAGACCUCACUUGAAGAUAUUCUUCACGAGCACUCUGUGAGCGCCAGGGGCAGGGUUUAUGAUGAUAUUAGUUUUAAUGCUGCCAAGCUGAAACUGCAGUCCCUGAUGUUUCCCAGGAUGACUAUUGGGAACUCUGGGAUUAUGCAUUUUUUAAUUCCGGGGCCUCUGAUGGGUAUGAUAGCGUUCAAAGACUUUUUGGAUGCGUGCAUGGGUGUUUUUGCCCACUCUGGAAUGAGUGCGGCUGAAUUUGUUGUGCUGAAUGGUCCUGGAAUUGGUCGCAUUGCAUUUAAAAGGGGCUGAGUAAGAGUGAAGAGGUUGGAUGUUAUAUAUUAUUUUGAGAAACAAUGAUGUAAUUUUGAGAAACAAUUAUAGAACAUCGUGUUGUUAUUGUCGCUUCCGUUUACAUAAUAUUGUUGAGUUGAGUGGAGGUUGAUGUUAUUUUCAGAAACAAUUAUGGACCUUGUUUUGUUACUUGUUGCUUCCGUUUACAUAUUGUUGAGUUAA